GCGAAAAUCGUGGAAGGUAGAACAAAAUUUGUCUGAAUCUGCUUGGAUUUAGUGCUAAGAUUAUUAAGUUUGAAUUGAUUAAGCAUCAGGAUUGAAUUGAAAUCAUUUAUUUAGCAUCUAAGCUAUCAAAUUUGAACAAAGUUCCUAAAACUACCGAAAAAUGAGUCAAUAUCAACCACCAAUAACAACCCAACCUACUUCAAUAACAAUAGUAAAUGCACCUCCAAUACUUGGACCAAACCCUCAAGCAAUGACAUGUCCAGUUUGUCAAGCUCAAAUCAUGACGGAUGUUUCAGAUAAAGCUAUAGCAAAAACUCACGGUUUUGCCAUUCUUAUUUGCUGUCUUGGAGGUGUUCUAGGUUGCUGCUUGAUUCCUUACUGUUGCAGCAGCUGCCAAGGACAGGAACAUGCGUGUCCAAAUUGUCGACACAGCCUUGGAUUCUAUAAAUGAUGAAAAAAAAGGUGGUUUUUGUUUACUUACUGUUAUCUUAUUUAAGUCAUAAAAAGUGAUAAAAGGAAUUUAUUAUUUAAUAAUUCUACUGCGAAAAUCCGUUAAUGGUGUACGUAAUGAAAUCGAAAUUAAUCUUUACUCGAAACUUGAUUUUGACAGAUUGCAGAUAAAGAUUAAAUUGUAAAAUUAUG